AUGUCAAAUCCAGAUGCCUACCAAGAACUUGCCCAGGUCUUCAAAUCCAGAGGCAACCAGGUUCUGGAGAUUGAAAUCAUCCCAUCCAGCCUAGGGUCAUUCCUACAAGAUGGCAACGCAGUCGGCACAAGCAAAAAGACAUUAGUCGCAGCCUACACGGUGGCGCGACAAUUGUUCAGCAACUUACAGCCGGGGGACUUUUCCCAACACGUCAUCACAGAGAUAAUGCUGCUCUUCGACUGUGAGCAUCUGACAGCCUGUAACUGGCGGAAGCGUCGACUCAAUGCAGCGAUGGCAGCGCCAGGAUUCUCGCAAGAUCUGCUUCAGGCAGAGCUCACGCUCAUGACGAGCUACCAGUGCUCACCGCUACAUCGUCACACCAAGUCGCCGACGCUAUGGCAUCACAGAUUAUGGGUGCUGGGCCAUCUCCUGCAAAUGCGCAGUCACAGUCCGCAGGAUUUGUUGGACCUUCUGAAGUCAGAACUAGAGGGCGUUCUUCGAGCGGGAGAACUGCAUCCGAGGAAUUACUACGCCUUCAGCUACAUGCGACAGUUAUCUGUUCUUCUCAUUGACAGUGGCGCGCAUUGGGAUUCCUUGACGAUCGACCGCAUUGUUGACUGGUGUCUUGCUAACCCUCGCGAUAUCUCGGGCUGGAGCUUUGCGGUCUAUGUGUUAGGUUCCUCGACCCAGCAGUCUCAAGUGCAGGCGCUUGAGAAGGUUGCUCGAUUUGCACUUGGCGUUGGGUGGGAAGGCGAAAGCCUCUGGACCUUCAUCGCGCAAUCUGCUCAACGGUUCGGCUUGGAAGCUUCUUUGGAGAGGAUGUUGAUCCCCGAGAAGACAGACACCAUUCAUGAAGCCAUCCCGGACGGCUCGCGGUGGUCGACAUGGCUGGAGUUGGCGAGAGCGUAUUGGGCGCACAACGGCCGUUAG